GUGUCGGAGAGCCGGCUCGACUCUUGCGCGGGCCAGCCCGGAGCGUCGGAACCGGGAAAGAUGAGCAGCCGCCAAAGUCUUUCACACAAUGCACAAAACUUGUGCUUAACGGGGCCACCUGAGCAGGCUUUACCACACUUGAUGCCAGACAAGACCUUUAUGCACCAGAUCUUCCUGCUGCUGCUGCUGCUGCUCUUGUUCCCAGACCUACAGGCGGCCACCCACAAUCUGAAACCAUCCCUGCCCCCAAUUGUAAAAGGCAGCCCUUUCCUAGUGGCUUGGAAUGCGCCAACUGCUCGAUGCUCCUCAGCCUAUGAGGUCCCACUCAACUUGGACGCCUAUGGCAUCCUAGUGAACUCCCAGGAGGCCUUUGUAGGCGGGAAUAUCACCAUCUUCUACUAUGACCAGCUGGGCUUGUAUCCAUAUUACUUGAACACGACGAUGCCACCCACUGCUGUCUUUGGUGGCUGCCCUCAGAAUGCCACUCUGACUGAACACUUGGAGAAAAUGAAAACCGACAUCGGUGCGGCCAUGCCCUCAGAUUCCUUUUCAGGCCUUUCUGUGAUUGACUGGGAGAACUGGAGGCCUCAGUGGAUACGGAACUGGGACAAGAAAAAUGUCUAUAGGAACAUGUCCCUCCACCUUGUAAGACAAAGGAAUCCCCAUUUAUCCGAUUACCAGGCAGAAAUGCAGGCCAAAUGGGAAUUUGAGACAGCUGCAGAGAAAUUCAUGUCUGACACUCUCCGAGUGGCCCAGUCGCUCCGCCCCAAGGGCUGGUGGGGCUACUACCUCUUCCCAGAAUGCUAUAACUACCACUACUUGGAUGACUUCGAGAAUUUCACGGGGCACUGCCCCCCACUGGAGGUGCAGCGCAAUGAUGAACUGAUCUGGCUGUGGGAGAAGAGCCAGGCCCUCUACCCUUCCAUCUACCUGGAGGAGGUGCUGAGGACUUCCCCCCAAGGGAAGAAGUUUGUGUGGGCCAAAGUGGGUGAAGCCCUGAGAGUGGCAGAACUGCCAUCUUUCCAGCAUUCCUUACCUGUCUUUGUGUAUGCCAGGCCCUUCUACACCUACACACUUAAAGAGCUGAGCCAGACAGAUCUGGUGUACACCAUCGGGCAGGCGGCAGCCAUGGGCGCUCAUGGCAUCGUCCUUUGGGGAGAUGCAGAUUAUUCUCGCAACCAGACUAACUGCUUAAAGGUUCAGAAUUACUUGAUGAACACCUUAGGCCCUUACAUUGUCAAUGUGACCACGGCAACCAAACUGUGCAGCCAAACAAUCUGCAAUAACCAUGGCCGCUGCAUCCGCCGAAGGAUGGACUCCGACACCUAUUUACACCUGAGCACUGACUCUUUCCAGAUCCAAACCAACACCUACGGCAACCAAACCCAAGUUUCAGUAAGAGGGGCCUUGAGCCCUCGGCAGAAGGAGGAGAUGAGAAAGGAGUUUGCGUGUCACUGCUAUCAGGGGUGGAAUGGAGAACGCUGCCAUUUGUGGGGUCAGGCCUUGAAGCUGGAGACUCAGGGCUGGUUCAUGCCUGGGAUCAUUCUUCCUGUGCUGUGGGCAGGGUAUUUAUGAGCCAUUUGGGAGCAGUUAGGGUACAUUUGAAUUUUUGUGAAGCCAGUGGUGUGAAGUGAAUCCCACAUCCCUCUACGUGGUGGAGAGAAGGGAAAAAUCAAUACAAGUGUGGUGUUUGGUGACAAGACGUAUUGUUCAAUGUCCUGUGAGUCCCACAGGCUUUAUGGGAUGUUAUCCUCUUGCCGUGUUUCACUGGAAAAGUUAGCACACGUGGAUUUUCCCCAGCAGCACUCCUAACCUAUGCAGGAUUCUAUUCUUCCAAUACACAAAGGAUUUCCUUUUAAGUUUUGUUACUCUCUCUUCACCAGCACAGAGGCAGCUUUAAUAUUCAGUGGUGCACAUUUUCCUAAGAUGUGACAAGAACAAUUUUCUAAUUUUUUAAAAAGCAACAUUUAUUCAGCCAGGACCUGGUAUUUAUGACAGUUGAAUAACAAUGCAAUCCGCUUUUACAUCACUGUAACUAUUUAAACAGAUUAUUUAUAUGCAAAGCAAACAUUCCCUACUUGAACCAGUUGUAUGUCCUCUGAAUGUGACUGGUGCUGUAUGGUUGUAGUAUGUGUGUGUACGUAUGUGUGCAUGCGCGU